AUGGGUUCAUGCACUUCAAAACCUAGUCAGAGGUCCGAACAAUUCGGAAUGUUAAAGGAGCGUGGUGAUUUCUUGGGUGCUGACUUGAGAGCUAUGUUUAAUAACCCAGUGUAUAGUGACAUUAUAAUUACUUGUAAAGAUGGUAGAAUUGUUUAUGGAAGCAAAUUACUUUUGGCAGCUCGUUCUGACGUGUUUAGUCGUAUCUUUUUAAAUCCAUCUGUCACAAAUAAUGAAGGAGAGAUAAUAAAUAAUAGCAUUUCUUUUCUCGAAUUUACUUCUUCAACUUUAUUAAUAAUUCUCGAAUAUUUAUAUCUUGGAUAUAUUACGCACGAUACAUUAUCACUUGGUAAUGUGGUAGAGGCAUAUUUAUGUUCGGAAUAUUUCAUGAUUCCAAAAUUAGAAGAAAUUAUAAUAUCAUUCUUGGACAAUGCACUUAAAUGUAGUGCUGAUAGUAAUCUCGCAGCGAAACUUUUAUCACAAGCUAUAGAAUUUAUGUUGCCCUCAUCAGAUGAUAUAUUCUUUAGAACUUUAUAUAAUUGUUUAGUAAUAACACCUUUAGAUACCAUAGAGUAUGAAAUAUUAAAUGAAGAAGUAUUGAAAUUUAUAUUAUCACCAAUUCAUAAAGAUGAAAAUGAAAACAUAGAAUUUAUAACAACAGAAUAUGGAGUAUUUAGAUAUUUAUUAUUAUGGUCUGUACAUAAAAUUUCUCCUGAUUUAUUACCAUCUUUUGAACUUUUAUUACCAUCAACAGAUAUAGCGGAACAUCUUGAUUCACAACAAUUAAUUCAAUUACGUAAAUUACAAGAAAAAUUUAACAAAAAUCCUAAUAAUUCGGAAGUUAAACAAUCUAUUCUUUUAAUAUUAUCACCACUUUGGGAUUAUAUUGAUUUCAAGUUGAUACAUCCUUCAAUUUUAGCAAAUAUUGUAAGUCCUUUAAAUAUUAUUCCUUCAGAUAUAUUGGGAAAUGCAUUUAAAUGGCAUGCUCAAUUACCAGCAGGGAAUAGACCUAAAAGAAAUAGAGGAAUCGUUACUGCAAAACCAGGAAAUUUAAAAUUACAUUGGGAUAGAAAAGCUCAUGGUAAAAAGAUGGUAUUACUAGAUCAUGGAGCAGUUAUUAAAAGUCAAUCAAGGAAAUUUGAAUUUGCUAGAACAUCUUUACCAAUUCGAGGAUAUGAAAUUUAUGAAUGGGAUUUCAUAAUCGAAGAACCAUGUAAACAUAUGUGGAUUGGAGUGUGUAGUGUAAAAAAUCGUAAAGUAAAUUAUUCAACUUGGUUAGGAGGAGAAGAAUAUGGAUGGGUACUUGGAUCAAAUGGAUAUUUAGCACAUUGUAAAGUUAGAUUUACUAAAGGAACUAAGAUAACAGUUCACUUGAAUAUGGAAAAUAGAACAUUAUCAUAUUCUGUUAAUGGAAUAAAUUUUGGGGAAGCAUUUAGAGAUUUACCAAAUGAAGUUUAUCCAGCAGUUUCCAUAAAAAGUCCAGGUAAAAUUAGAAUCCAACCUCAUACAUUUUCAAUAAACAGUUAUCAAGACAACAAUAAUGAAUUGAGUUUAUCUACUUCUCCUCUCAAUUCACUUGAUAAUUAUUCUUCCAUUUCUCCUAUUAAAUCUGAGUCACAAAAUAUGUCAAGCGAAUUAUAG